AUGCUCUCACUGAGCCAUACAGUGCCGUUCUGUAUUAACCGGUUUGCAGACUAUUUCACACUGAUGAGCUCCUCUUCAAGACCAGAAGAAACCUUAAAGAGACGUGAAAACCUUAAAGAGACAUCACCUGACAUAGAGAAACAUGUCACCCAGUAUUGCCACCGUGCUGUUCAGGUCCCACAAGACCUCAGCCUGGAACACAUCAAGGAUGAUGAGCUACCCCGUGAUGUGGAGAAGCCCACCGUUUGGUGUUACCGCCGUCCCGUUGAGGUCCCGCAGGACCUCAUAUUAGAAGACAUCGAGGAUGAGGAGCUACCCCGUGACGAGGAGAAGCCCGCCGUUUCGUGUCACCGCCGUCCCGUUGAGGUCCCGCAGGACCUCAUACUAGAAGACAUCGAGGAUGAGGAGCUACCCCGUGACGAGGAGAAGCGUGCCAUUUGGUGUCACCGCCGUCCUCUUGAAAUCAUCUUAGAGGAUGACGAGGAUGAGGACCUACCCCGUGAUGUGGACACCGUGACAGCCCCAAAUGACCUCCCUCCUCCUGAGGAUUGCAGGAGCCCCAAGUGUGAGGAAGAUGGUGAGGGUUCAUCACUCGCUGUUGACGUGUCGUCAAGUGACCUGGCGAGCACGGUCGGACUCAGAUCCCAGACAGAGGAAGAAGAUCUGGAGGAGGAAAACCUCUACGGAAUAUCCCAGAAAAGGGUGAAAAGCUGGCUUGGGAGCGUCUUCAAAGCAAAGGAAGACGAUCCCCAAGGCCAGUAGGUUUGUGUACGCCCAUCUGACCCCAGCCAUGUAGUGCCGGUGUUUUAUCUGAAGUGUGACUCUGACUUUUCUUGAAAACAACUGUUGGCUUUCAUCCAUGGCUGGGGCAUCAUCCACAGCUGAAUCAUCAUCCAUGGCUGAGACAUCAGGGACAUUCACAGAUGGGCAUCAUCCAAGCCUGGGGCAUCAUCCACUGCUGGGACAUCAUCCACACCUGGGGCAUCAUCCACACCUGGGGCAUCAUCAACUGCUGGGACAUCAUCCACUGCUGUGGCAUCAUCCACGCCUGGGGCAUCAUUCAUCCACUGCUAGAACAUCAUCCACUGCUGGGACAUCAUCCACUGCUGUGGCAUCAUCCACACCUGGGGCAUCAUCCACUGCUGGGACAUCAUCCACUGCUGGGACAUCAUCCACUGCUGUGGCAUCAUCCACACCUGGGGCAUCAUCCACACCUUGGGCAUCAUCCACUGCUGGGACAUGACACCUGGGACAUCAUCCCCACCCAGGACGUCAUCAACACUGGGGGCAUCAUCCACAGCUGGGGUAUCAUCCACUGCUGGGGCAUCAUCCACUGCUGGGACAUCAUCCAUGCCUGGGACAUCAUCCACUACUGGGACAUCCAUGCCUGUGGCAUCAUCCACACCUGGAGCAUCAUCCACUGCUGGGGAAUCAUCGACACCUGGGACAUCAUCCACUGCUGGUGCAUCAUCCACUGCUGGGACAUCAUCCACGCCUAGGGCGUCAUCCACUGCUGUGGCAUCAUCCACGCCUGGAACAUCAUCCACACCUGAGGCAUCAUCCACAGGUGGGCAUCAUUUACACCUGGGGCAUUAUCCAUGCCUGGGGCAUCAUCCACUGCUGGGGCUUCAUGCAUGCCUAUGCCUCUGGUAGCUCUUCACCAUUGCUCUCUCCGGGUUCCAGAGGCUUCCAUUUAAAGGAGCGACUCUCCCCACUCUACUGGAAUCUAAUGAAAACUGUUUUAAAUAAAGCCAUCCCUUAUUUAGCACUAGAA